GAGCCACGGGGUCCUGUUCCCUGUGCAGGGAACAGGCCAUCUCCGAAACAGGCCAAGUGGCACAACCUCUACCAGAAGAUUGAGUAGUGUCCCACGAUGCUGCGUGGGCAGACCUCUAUCUUAAGGGUAGCGCAGACAUGUACCUGUGGCUUUCACCCCCAGCAGCCCUGCAGCUACCUCUGCCUCCACCUCUGCUGCGCCUGCACGGAGCCCUGGGAGGCCUGCAUUGACGCUGGCGAUGUUUGAGAAAGCCCGGUUCGGUGGGACUUUGUCUGCUGCAGCCAAGCCGAAUGUCAAUCUGACUAGGAGUCCUGUUGAGCGUCCCUCCAGCCCUGCCACUGUCCCGUCUGGGAGAAGCACUCCAUCCGCUACCCCACCUCGAGUGACGCCCCCUUCCAGUCCCAGCUUCUACAGGCCUGUCUCCCCUUUCUCUCUGCCUCCAUCCAGCCCUGUCAUGUCGGCGGUGAGGACCAGCUCUUCUCCUCUUGUUGUAUCAGAUAUGAGCCCUGCUCCUCCUGGUCCCCUCCCUGCUCCUCCUGGUCCCCUCCCUGCUCCUCCUGGUCCCCUCCCUGCUCCUCCUGGUCCCCUCCCUGCUCCUCCAGGUCUCCUCCCUGCUCCUCCUGGUCCCCUCCCUGCUCCUCCUGGUCUCCUCCCUGCUCCUCCUGGUCUCCUCCCUGCUCCUCCUGGUCCCCUCCCUGCUCCUCCUGGUCUCCUCCCUGCUCCUCCUGGUCCCCUCCCUGCUCCUCCUGGUCUCCUCCCUGCUCCUCCUGGUCCCCUCCCUGCUCCUCCUCUUGCUGCUCCAGAUCAGUUCUGGCUGCAGGUGGAAAUGAGGAAGACCAUUCCCCAGCAGGACCAGCGCUGGAUUGCGUCCACGCUGUGGAGGAACCAGCGGCUGCGCCCGGACGUCCAGCUCUGGUAUGAGCCACCGGUUCCUGCCCUCAUCUACAACCAGGUCCCGUCACCAGACCGCUUUUUUAUGCACCCUGCCCCUCCUCCGAGUCCCUGACCAAGGAGCAGUGGUUGGCGGAGGGGAGGAAAUAAGAUCACCAGUGUUGUAUACUAUCUAUGUUAUAUGUUAAAAUAAACAUGUUUAUAUAUUAACAAAUGUUUUAAGAAUUAUUUGCUGGUCAUCUUAUUCGAAUCAUUAGCCAGAUCCACUCCACAAGAGGAAGCACCAUACUACUAUUGCAAUAUAAUAUGCACACAAAAUGAUUUAUAGUUGAAAUACUUGUAGGUUGAAGAUGGAGGCUAAAUUGAGCCCACAGGUCACAAUACAAAUAAUAACUAAACAAGUAGCUUGCUAAAGAGUGCACAGGUGUGCUGUGAAUAGCUGUAUGGCUACAACAAUAGUGGAAUAGAAAGUAACAUAGUAA